AUGAAACGGGCUGCAGCUGUGGCCUCCGAAGGUGGCAAAACCGCUGUGAAGAAGGCAAAACUCAUCCAAUUGGAGGAGACGUUUCCGACACUUGACUAUUUUGACCAAUUCCGAGACACAAAGGUGGACCCUGAGAAUUUUGUCAAGUUCGAGGAGACCAACACCAAGGAGGCCGUAGAGGGACUGAAAUAUAUUCUGUCGAAGGAUCCAACAUUGGAGCCAUAUCUUACGAAGCCGUUCCACUCUUAUCUGAAAGACGUGGGCGGAACGAAACCCCUCAAACACUAUUUCGACAGUCUAGUCAGCGGAAUGAUUUCGCAGCAGAUCAGCGGAAAGGCAGCUAAAGCCAUCAAACAGAAGGUGAUUGACACGCUGUCCAGAGACAACGAGCUUCCGGACCCGGAGAUCUUUGACUCAAAGUCGAUAGAAGAGCUUCGGAGCUGUGGUCUCUCAAAUAAAAAAGCAGAGUUUGUGAAAAGACUAGCCAAGGCUUUUAUCGAGUCGGAGGAGGUGCCGCCGGAAGGCGUGAAAUUUUCGCAACUGUACUUCCAAACCAAGGACGAUAUAACCAUCAGUCUCGAUUUACAAAAAUUUAAAGGCAUAGGGCCGUGGUCUGCGUCCAUGUUCCUCAUGUUUGCGCUCCAACGGUACAACAUCUUUGAGGUCGGAGACCUUGGGAUACGGCGAGGAGCCACUGUGUAUCUGUCUGAGCGGCCCGAGCUGCUGGCCGAGAUAAACGCGAAGCUCAAGGAGCUAGAUCUACCCAAAUUGCCAAAGUCGUCGCAAAACUCAAGGUACGCAUCUGACCACGCGAUAAACUGUCUGGCACACCAGUUUGUGCCGUACAAGAGUAUCUGGAUGCUUCUUCUAUGGCGCAUAAGUGACACGUCCAUCGAUGCAUUGGAGUAG